GUUUUUACAAAACCUGAAGAAAUUGAUGAAUUUAAUGAAAUUGAAUCAAAAACCUUUCUUUCUUUAUUUGAAUUAAUUGCUCCCAAUGACAAGAAAAAAAAAACCAAGUCUAAUCCGCCAAGAGCACAAAACGGUUUCGUACUUUUUCAAAGAGAUUUUACUGCAUAUUGGAAUUCAUGUAAUCCCCAAGAAAACAAUUUCAACAUUGUCUCAAAUCUUACUAGUAAGUUAUGGAAAGGUGAAUUUUCUACUUUCGAGUUAUGGAAAGACAUAAACGUUUGCGAAAUUAAAAAACUUUAUAACAAG